ACCAAACAAGCAUCCUGGAAUCCCGGAUCUCCACCCGGAGCGGAGUAAAUGGCAAUUGGGUCUCGACUUAACUUAUUCUGGCCUUUCCUUCGAUGAAACCAGAUGUAAAAUGUAUUAGGUAGCAGUUUGUAAGCAAGAGGAGCACAUGCUGCAUGCAUGACCUAAGCAACCCUUAAUAAGUUUAACCACCAUCGCGGGUUUACACAGUUCGCAGAAUGAGUGACAAGUCAUGUUUGACGAACCUCACUCGCCGGGGAGAUGAUGUCACAUUCCUCUUCAUUUUUCCAAGGUGUGUAUAGCGCAUUAAUCCGUAAUUACCUGUUGUUACCAAAAAAUACGCUAGAGAAAUCAGGACAUGCCUUAAACAUUCAAUAUAAUACAACCCCCUCGAUUAGCAAGCGCUUACGCACCUUCCAAUGCCGAACGGGAACGCUACGUCGAAAUCGGGUACCGAAUACCACUGAUUUUUGGCUCCGCCCCUACUUAUAGUAAUGCUCCGUUAAAGAUCAUGGUCUAGAACGGACGUCGGUCAAACAUACCUAGGUAUGUACAACAUACAGACAUGGGCAUAUAAAUUAUAUAUAUAAACACGGCGUCGGGACGCUUUGCAGAUCAUGAUCGUCACCAGGGUCUAUUAACUACCUUCCACACACGUUUAGCACGCAACUAUCAGAUCAACGACGAACGAUCAACAAUGAAGUACACUGCCUACCUCUCCCUCGGCGCGAUCUUCGCCGGUGCCGUAGCUGUCGCGCAAGACUUCUCCGGUUCGGGGCAAGUCUUCAUCGUCAACAGCACCGAGCUCAGUAAGGCAUCACCUGAUCAGAUCAUCGGAUGCUUGGAUGCGACGGGUGCUGUCUCCGAAUCCAACUGUGGAACCUUCACCAAGCUCAACACAUACCCCAACACGCUGCAAAGCAGUGUCGGGAACUGCACUUUUACCGACUCAACUCAGCCCGCCAACACAGACAAUGCGUACGGCGCGCACUCAUACGCAUGGCAUUGCCGCCCAGACUACGUCGCGACAGUCUCGGAUUCACUAUACACUAUUAAUGUGGGUACCUUGGCGGUUAAAUAUAGAACAAGCUAACUUACCCGACGUAGGGACUUAACUACCCCUUCCUAUGCCACGGUGAUACCAACUGCUUCUAUGACGUUAAGAACGUACCGAAAAAGAACGUUACGGCGCCGGUGUGGGGAUAUGUCUGGGGAUCGCAGCAAAUGUCGAUUCCAGCGGGGCACACACAAGUUAUGUGGUAUUGGAAUAAGACAGCUUAAGCUAUUUAGUUAGAGUUAUGGAUCUUUUUCUCGCGCUCGUUGAGUAUUGAAUAAUGAUAUCCCGCUAUAGAGCUUUUAAUUUGAUGCACAUGGGAUAAGAAAUAUUAAAACAAAUGAACAGUCUUAAUAUUAUGUCAGACCACGAUGAUUAUGUAAUUACUCAGACUGAAUCGCUGACAUAAUUAUCUAAC